AUGGGCAAACGGAACUUCCAUUUCCUACUGACCAGUCUAGUGAUGGACGACUACCUCAAUGACAAGGUAUCGGAGUUCGGAGCCGUCAAUAUCACCGGCUUUCGGAUACUUAAGCCGUCGACACCGGAGUUCCGAUUGUUUUUCAAUCAUUGGCGCAAAAUAGACCCUAUUUCUGGUGUAAUGAUAGCCAAUGGCGCAGAAAAUAAAGUGGCCUCGAUCAGUGCAGAUGCGGCCAUGAUGUAUGACGGUGCCAAGGUACUACUGGACACAUAUCAACGACUAUUUAGUCGACACCCAGAGGCUUUUCGUAAUAACUUUCGCCGUGGUGAAAUGUAUAAUAGCGGUGCAAAGGGCAUCGAUUGUAGGUCGGAGCCCAUAUCCAAAUGGGAGCAUGGUGAUAAAAUACGCAAAUUUAUGAUGAAGACUAACAUAAAUGGCUUAACCGGGGUAUUGGCUUUCGAUGAAUUGGGUUACAGAUCAAACUUUUCAGUCGAUGUCGUGGAAAUGACAAUUAAUAGUGAAAUGGCCAAGAUUGCUGUGUGGACACAAGAAAAGGGUUUGAGCAUUGUGCCGGCUAAAUAUCACCGGGUGCUCCAGGAAAACACCAAGUUUGAUAAUAAAACUUACAUUGUCACAUCUAUACUGGAGGAGCCGUACCUUAUGAUGAAAGCCCAGGAGAAAGGUGUGGUAAACGAGGGAAACAACCGUUUCGAGGGCUACAGUAAGGACUUGGCGGACCUCAUCUCAAAUCACUUGCAAAUCAAUUACGAGCUCCGAUUGGUUCGGGACAACAAGUAUGGCGGUCUGGACACCAACUCACACCACGGCUGGAACGGUAUGGUCGGGGAACUCAUACGACACGAGGCCGACAUGGCUAUAGCACCCCUGACCAUAACCAGCGCCCGGGAACGGGUGAUCGACUUCACCAAACCGUUCAUGUCGUUAGGCAUAUCCAUAAUGAUUAAAAAGCCA